AUGUGGUUCACCGUCGGAAUUCUAUCUCUCGUUAUCGUGGCUCAGGGUGUGGUCAGAGGCUCGAGCCAGGUGACUGGAGUUGGUGACAUCGAGCAAGCCUUCCGGGAGUUCAUAAGGACGUACAACAAGAAGUAUGGUUCGAAGGAACAGUACGAGGUUGCCAAGGCUGCGUUCAUGCAUAGUUUGAGGGAGAUAAACGAUCUGAAAGCCUAUGGCGAUAUAUCUCAUGAGAUCGGCCUCAAUGAGCAUGCUGAUAUACCACGUGAAGUAUUCAAUAAAGCGUUAACGUGUGUUCAGGAUCCUGAACCCGAGGAGGAACGAACAUCCUCGAAUAUCAAUGGAUCUACCU